AUGUAGGUAAAAUAUACAAGUGUAAACCAAUCUAACCAGAAUGCUCAACAGACGACGAAAAGAAGUGGAAUGCAUCCAACACCAGGAUGUUGCUGGCCCUCUACACGGAGCGACAGGCGGACUUUCGAGAUCCGAAGAGAAAGAUCAAAGACGUCUGGGGAGAAAUGGUGGUGGCGCUCGAAAGUCAGGGAAUGACGGGCAUCGACGCCAUUCAGCUGGAUCGGAAGUUCAGGAACCUGAAGAAGACCUACUACUGCAUCCGGAGCAAGCACUUGGCGAAGGGACCGCAGUACCAUCCCAACUGGCAGUACUACGACGAGAUGACGGCGCUCCUGAAGGACGAGCCGGUGCCGUGGACGCAGGUCCUCACCAUGGACGACUACUCGGCGAUGCAUACGUUCCUGUGCGACGAUGACAAUACCGCCGGGGAUACAAGGGUUGGCGAGGUGAUGAAGGGCAGGAUGUUGUCCAUGGGCACCACCCUCCAGACGGUCGCGCCCCGGGCGGCUCGUCAGUAUCGCAAGCGAAAGAUGGAGGAAAGAUUAGAGCACGAGGACGAGGACGUGGAUGCCAGAGUCGCCAGGAGAAGCUACAAGGCGCGAAGGGAACCACCGGCAAGGGAAAUGGAUGAGAUCCCGGUCUUCAAUGCCGCCGAGCCCGAAGAACCCAAUGAACCGAGUGAUUCGAAUGAGCCCAAGGACGAGCUGUCCAUCGGCAACAUGGAGGAGGCACUGCGACACCUGCGGGCUCUCCAGGAAUACGCCAUGGUCAAGGACAAUUUUCGGGCCAUCGGACUGCUCAUGCAGGCGGAACACGCCAUUCAAUAUCCGGCGAAGGGCGACGAUUUCGAAGUGGAACAAACGUAAAAUGUCCUCAUAAAUAAGCAUUAAAAAUAACUAGAAUAGUUACAAUAAAUUUAGUUAAUUUAAAACAUUCAA